AUGCAGAGCCUCGUGCUGGAGAGGAAGAGCGAGCUGGCGAUCCGCGAGGUGGAUGUAUGCGACGAGCUCGGCCCCCACGACUGCCGAGUGAAGAUCCACAGCGUGGGCAUCUGUGGCAGUGACGUGCACUACUACGAGCACGCCGCGCCUGGCGCGACUUGUGUGCUGGUGGGGAUGCCGAUUGAGCCUGUGCCGUUUGACGUUGUGAUGGCGCAGGCGAAGGAGAUCACGUUCCAGACGGUGUUCCGCUACCGCAACGUGUACCCGCGCAUCAUCCGCUUGCUGAGCUUCGGCAAGAUGGACGUGAAGCCGCUGAUCAGCGCCACGUUCGCGUUCAAGGACAGCGUGAAGGCGUACGAGCGCGCGAUGAACCGCGACCCGAAGGACAUGAAGAUUAUGAUUCCGGUCUAUGGCGAUAAGACCAACAUGCUUAAAGUUGUGCCAUAUGAUGACGACGACAGAUGCACGCACACACGCACACACACACACACACUGUCAGCGGCGUAG